GAGAGAUAGCAGAGAUGAUGACAUACAUACAUAUGUAUCUGUAUAGCAUUAUCUCUAGGCUAACAGUUACAGCUUUGGAUAACGUCUGCUUGUCAAUUUUGGAAGUAUCCUGUGUGACCCAGUUAUCAUUUUUACUAAUCUCCUAUUGCCAAUAAUCCGUUAGGGCGGGGGCAUACAUAUAGCAGUGCGAAAGCUAUGGUUUAAUGGUGCCACCCAUAUUUUGGGGAAUUGUAAUGUUCAGGACAAUCUCUACUCUUUACCACAACGAUAAACCACAAGUGCCCGUAGCUACCUUUUAAUUUUGCGCGUUCCCGUAACAGUGUCCGCCAUUUUGAUUAAAAAAUAUGACAGCAUCCUUGUCUGUCUUGCUGCAAUCUUGAGGGUAAACGCGACAAUUAAUUGACUGGCGCUGGGAUUGAUUGUACUAUACACGGGUGGAAGGGUCAGGCAGCCUCUGGUGAGCUGUCAAAGAAACACUCGCCAGAUUACUGACAGAUUUGGUUGAUGGGGCGUGCAGCUCCAGUUGACUGGCUUGGAAUAUAAACAAACUGCUCAACCAGCUACUUUAGCAGACUGACACUGACGCCCUGGAGCUAAAUGACAAGUGUGUGUGCGCCAAUGGUGUGAGUGUGUAAUCGUCCAUGCAGAUGACCAUUCCUUCCUGGGUCUAUGAGACAAAUGACUGAAGAGGUCUGACCAAGGACACACAUUAAUUAGGUGACCAUUCCUUCCUGGGUCUUUGAGACGACAAAUGACUGAAGAGGUCUGACCAAGGACACACAUUACUUUGGUAACCCCCCCCCCCAGUGGGGAACGAACCUCAUCACACUCCAGACCGAGCAGGAAAUCUGCAGCCAUGUUCUGGAAGUUUGACCUGCACAUGUCGUCCCAGCUGGAGGCCCUGCUGGAGAAGGAUGAUGUCACACUCACUGAGCUCAUGGAGGAGGAGGACGUACUACAGGAGUGCAAGGCCCAAAACCACAGGCUGCUUGUCUUCCUGUCCCAGGACACCUGCAUGCAGGAGCUGCUGCACCUCAUCACCACAGAGCCCCCUGCUGGCCUGGAAGAAACAAGACGUUUUAAGCACCCUAACAUAGCGUGUGAGCUGCUGACGAGUGAUGUGGGGGUGAUAAAUGAUAAGCUGGGUGGAGAGAAGCUCCUGCUGGAUACCCUGUACUCUUUCCUGGAGCAGCCCCCUCCCCUCAACCCCCUUCUUGCGUCCUUCUUCAGCAAGACCAUCGGAAACCUCAUCACACGCAAGACCGAACAGGUGAUCUCCUUUCUGCGGGGAAAGGAGGGUUUCCUGGGUCUGGUCCUGAAUCACAUCAACACAUCAGCCAUGAUGGACCUCCUGCUACGCCUCAUCAGCUGUGUAGAGCCUGCUCCUCUCAGACAGGACACACUCAACUGGUUAAAUGAAGAGCAGCUGGCCCAGAGGCUUAUAGAGCUCAUCCACCCUGGGAAAGAUGAGGAGAAACAGUCAAAUGCAUCCCAGACUGUGUGUGACAUCAUCCGUCUCAGCAGAGACCAGGCCAAUCAGCUCCAAGAAAACUCUGAGGCUGACCCUCUGCUUGCUGUGCUGGAGUCGCAGGAGUGUGUGGGUCAGCUGUUGGACAACAUGUUUGUGGGAGAGAGGACAGAGAGCUGUAUCAUCUGUGGAACUCAAAUCCUUCUAACCUUACUGGAAAUCAGGAGGCCAGGGGUGGAGGGUAUGUUGGAUGUGUGUGUUCAGGGACAUGAGAGGUGUGUCAACAGUAGCAUCCUGCAGGCCAUCCAACCCCACCUUACACACUACCACCAACUACUGCUGGAUCCGCCCAGGGUGACCCCCAUGCUUACCAGUCUAGGUGUGUUGGAGGUGCCACUGGGUAACUGUCGUCUCCAUGUGGCCAGACUGAUGGCCUCUCUGCUACAGACCACUAACACCAGUUAUUACAUUUGUUGUAACAACACCAUUUAUAACAACACUGUCACACUGGAGCUCUGCAGACUCAACACCAUAAACAUUCUACUGGACCUGUUCUUUAAGUACACCUGGAACAACUUCCUGCACUUCCAAGUGGAGCUGUGUGUGGCAGCCAUCCUCAGCCACUCUGCCCAGGAGCAGAGACCCCUGGUUACCCAGGAAAAUCCCAGGCCUCAGCAGGAGCCCCAGGAGAAGCAGGCCUCGCCUGGCCCUACACUCCCACUGCCCUCUGUUCCUCCCGACAUCUCCACACACAACCCACUGGUGACCCAUUUGUUUCAGGACUGUCGUCUGGUUCUGAGGAUAUUGGAGGCCUGGGAGGAGAAUGAUAAGAUGCAGGCGGAGGGGGGCAUGAGGAGAGGCUACAUGGGUCACCUGACUAGGAUCGCCAACACUGUAGUCUGUAGCAUGGAGAAGGGACCAGUACACAGCCAGAUCAGCAGCCUUAUUACAGAGCUGCUUGUGGAUUGCAAGGGGCGCUGGGAGACCUUUGUAGACCAGGCCCUGACAGAGAUCAACAGGAAGAACACUGUAGACCUGGUGUCUCACAACCUGCGCUCCUCCAGUGAAGACGAUGAUCGACAGAGUCCCUUCCCCAAAGAGCUGUCACUGCAACAAACAUUCUCAGACUACCAGAUCCAGCAGAUCACUGCUAACUUUGUGGAUCAGUUUGGCUUCAAUGACGACGAGUUCUCAGAACACGGCGACAACAUCAAUGCCACCUUUGACCGGAUCGCAGAGAUUAACUUCAACGUGGACACAGAGGACACUGCUAAGACUGCAGCAUUUGAGGCCUGCACCAAGGAGAAGAUCCAGUCGUUUGAUGACAACGAAGAGGAAGAUAUCUGGGAGGAGAGAGAGAUCAACUAUACUACACACACUAAGUCUAGGACCAGGUUUGGGGGGUCACGGACGUCUGUUGGAGCGGCUCAGAGUGAUGGGGUGAGCGAUACUGCUGGUAACUCAACAGGUUCUGAAACGGAGGAGUGGGAGGUGCCUAUUGAGGUCACAGGUCAGACAGAACACAGCAAGAACAUCAGCCAGACUGAGAACAUCAGCCAGACUGAGACUGCACAGAGCCCUGGCUGGGCGGCUAGUUUCGGGGAGGUGAACUCUAAGGCCCCCUCUCCUGGAGUGGGCAUGGAUCCAUGGGCUAACCCCACCCCCAAGUCUGGAGUGGGCGUAGACCUAUGGGGUAGCCCUGCCCCCACACCUGGAGUGGGCUUAGACCCGUGGGGUAGCCCCGCCUCUAAAUCAGGAGUGGGCGUAGACCCAUGGGGUAGCCCCACCCCCAAGUCCGAAGUAGGCGUCGACUCAUGGGACAGCCCUGCCCCCAAGUCAGAAGUGGGCGUGGAUGCAUGGGGCAGCCCCGCCCCCCAACCCAUAACUGCAGAGAAGGGCUGGGCCAAGUUCACUGACUUUCAGCCCUUCUGCUGUUCAGAGACAGGUCCGAGGUGCACUUCUCCAGUAGACUCCGAGAUCUGUGGGUCAGACAAAACAAAACCCAGCCAAGACAAGAACUCUUGUGUGUGGAGUGUGUGUGUGGCGAGGAAGGCUCCCCUGGUAGCAUCAGACAGCUCUUCAUCAGGAGGCUCAGAAAGUGAUGAAGAGGACAAGACUGAAUCUGUUACUAUGGAGACGGUAUCCAAGGAAAUGGUCACUACAGAGACCGUUGUUACAACCGCCGGACGGGAGACCAUCAGACUUAGGAUGGACGCCAACAAUGAGAGAGCUGUCUUCACCAGUGAGGCUGACAUGAGAGAGAAAGAGAAGAUGAAGGAGAAAGAGAAGAUGAAGGAGAAAGAGAGGGUGAUGGGUGGAGGAGACCCUCUCAAUGCCACCGCUGCUCCCCUCAAAAUUCAGCCUGCCGCCGUCACAAAAGACACACCAUCCUUGGCAAACGGACCGGCCUAGUACUACGGUACCACGACACACACAUACACACUCCACUUCCCAACAACACUCCAUGCCAUGCAACGUCUUGUAUCGUGAGCAGUGCUGCCCUGUCAUAGGUCUGUGUCUAGGACAUCUACGGUGGCUGAGAGAGUCAAAAACAGAAGAGAAAAGCCAUUCCGGAACCCAAACAGCUCCUAAACACAAGUUUAUAAACAGAUUAAUGUGAUGUUUGUCCCUGCCCUACUGCUGUAGUCUCUCCUAGACACCUAUCACCACACUGUGACGUGUGUGUGUCCAGCUUUAUGUAGUCUUGUUAGUUCUUGGCUCAGCCAGUUUUUUUUUU